CUGUUUGCAGCACAGACGGAAUGAUCGGAUCGAUCUACACAAGCAGUCGAAACGCGGACAAGUGUCAGCGGCUCAACAGGAAAGAGUCGUGCUAUAUCAUGCAGGAUGAUAAACUCUGUCCACUUUUCACCGUCUACGAAACCAUGAAAAUGGCCGCCGAUCUCAAACUCGGAACUUCUCUCUCCGAGAAAGCAAAAGUCCUAGUGAUAGAAGACGUUUUAGAAACGAUAGGAUUACAAAUGUGUAGGCACACUAAAUGCGGCAGACUUUCCGGUGGCCAAAAGAAACGUUUAUCUAUAGCUCUGGAGCUCAUCGACAAUCCCCCUGUCAUGUUCUUAGACGAGCCAACAACGGGUCUGGACAGCAUCAGCGCACACCAGUGCAUCUCGAUGCUGCGCGGCCUGGCACGCGGUGGACGAACGAUCGUGUGCACGAUCCACCAGCCGAGCGCGAGCGUCUACGAGAUGUUCGACCAUGUCUAC